AUGGGAUUGUCUCCUAGCGAAAUCCUCACGCGGUGGUGGCCGCGAGCGCCCUUUCUGGCGCGGCACUUCCAGAGUCCCACAUUGCGGUCAUUCGACCAGUCCAUUGGCCAUGUUACAUCACCGCUCGUAAAUAGAAUCUCCUGGAGCGGUGGGCGCGCGGUGCGUGCAAGGAGGCGUGACGCGCCGCGCUCUUCUAGCGCGCAGCGGGACCUGCGGGUGCGAGAGGGACGGGGCGGUGUUACAGUUAAGCAGGAACUCUAUUUAUAUGCAAAUAUAACCUCGGAGCCGACACCUGUUUGCGUAUUCUCCGCGUUCGACGCGUUCGCUUUGUGGCGACUCUGUCUCCGUUUUCGCCGCGAGCGAACUCGUGGUUCGGCUGUGAAGUCGAGGGCUGCAGUGGAGGGCGAGGGGCGGUCGAGUCUUAUCUCAGGGCCCGAUAGGGAGGCGUCUCACGGAGGCGGCCUUAAACUGGAGCGAGACGGUGACCCACUAAAGCUCGCUCCGACGCGGGUGUUUCUCCACUUUGCCGGAAUAUUUAUGUGCAAGGGCACUCUGGCGCGAUUAGAAAGCCAUCUUCACAAUAUUGAC